AUGGCAAAUGGAAAUGAGAGCAGCGAAGGGCCGGGCGGGCCCAUGGGAGCGGUGCUAGCCACCACGGGAGGUGUUGUAGCCGGGGGUCCUUCCUCAGCCGUCUCUACCUAUCUCAAACUGGUGCUGCUGGGCUUGAUCAUCUGCAUCAGCCUGGUGGGUAAUCUGGUGGUGUCUCUGCUGGUACUGAGAGACCGGGCUCUGCACAAGGCACCUUACUACUUUCUGUUGGACCUGUGCCUGGCUGACACAAUACGUUCAGCUGUAUGCUUCCCCUUCGUGCUGGUUUCUAUCAGGAACGGCUCUGCCUGGACCUACAGUGUGCUGAGCUGCAAAGUCGUUGCUUUCAUGGCUGUGCUUUUUUGCUUCCACGCUGCCUUCAUGCUAUUUUGCAUCAGCGUGACACGUUACAUGGCCAUUGCCCACCACCGCUUUUACUCAAAGCGCAUGACCUUCUGGACAUGCGUAGCUGUGGUCUGCAUGGUGUGGACACUGUCUGUGGCAAUGGCUUUCCCGCCUGUUUUUGAUGUGGGCACUUACAAGUUCAUUCGUGAGGAGGACCAGUGCAUCUUUGAGCAUCGCUACUUCAAGGCGAAUGACACACUGGGUUUCAUGCUGAUGCUGGCUGUGCUCAUUCUCGCCACACAUGUCGUCUAUAUGAAGCUACUCUUGUUUGAGUACAAACACCGAAAGAUGAAGCCGGUGCAGAUGGUGCCAGCCAUCAGCCAGAACUGGACCUUCCACGGGCCUGGCGCUACGGGCCAAGCGGCCGCCAACUGGAUUGCAGGAUUCGGCAGGGGCCCGAUGCCUCCCACUCUGCUGGGAAUCCGGCAGAACUUGCACAACCAAAACCGUCGCCUACUGGGCAUGGAGGAGUUCAAGGCGGAGAAGCAGCUGGGCAGGAUGUUCUAUGUGAUCACCCUGCUCUUCCUGUUGCUCUGGUCUCCGUACAUUGUGGCUUGCUAUUGGCGGGUGUUUGUCAAAGCUUGCACAAUACCGCAUCGGUACCUCUCCACCACCGUGUGGAUGAGCUUCGCCCAGGCCGGGGUCAACCCCAUCGUCUGCUUCUUCCUCAACAAAGACCUGAAGAAAGGGCUCCUGUCCCACCUACCAGCCUGCUGCAGGACUAAACCUCAUCUGCCACGAGAGCCUUACUGUGUCAUGUGA